UCACACAAGACCACCCGAUCCAGACACAGGCCAGCGCCUCACUCGCCAGCCUCCUGUCCACCAUGAAGCUCGCUGUCAUCCUCGCCCUGGCCACCCUGGCUCUCUGCUGCAGCCCUGCUUCUGCAGGGAUCUGCCUGAACUUUCUGAAUGUCAUCAAAACCCUCUUCACGGACACGCUCUCCAAUUACGAGGCUGCGAUUGAAUUUUUCGUCCCAGACGCCGACAUAAAAGAUGCGAUGAUCCAGCUGAAGAGUCUGGUGGACACCCUACCCUCAAACACCACGGAGAACAUCCUCAAGUUCAUGGGCAUAGUCUUAAAGAGCCCAACGUGUGCUUAGGACUUAGAAGCUGAAGAUCUCCAACUGCUGGAGCUCCUGCGGGUCCUGGACACUUCCUUCACUCCGUCCCCAGCCUGGCUCCCUUCAAUAAAGUAUAAGCAUCGCA